UGUCGGUCUGAAACGGAAGUGUGUAUGCCGAAAUCACUUUGAUGUCUUUUUAUUUGUGACUGUGAAAGAUGACGGGCUUGUCGGAAAAGCCAAUUCUGAUCGACGGUCGUGGCCAUUUGCUUGGUCGCUUGGCCUCCGUCAUUGCCAAGCAGAUUCUGAACGGACGCAAGGUAGUGGUCGUUCGCUGCGAGGAUCUGCAACUGUCCGGACAUUUCUUCAGGAACAAGAUAAAGUUCCUCGCAUAUCUUCGCAAACGGUGUAAUGUCAACCCUGCUCGUGGUCCAUUCCAUUUCCGUGCUCCCAGCCGUAUGCUGUGGAAGGCCGUUCGCGGUAUGGUGCCCCACAAAACUAAGCGAGGACACAACGCCCUGAAGCGUCUGAAGGUCUACGAAGGCAUUCCGCCACCGUACGAUAGACAAAAGCGCUUGUGUGUCCCCGUCGCCAUGAGACAGCUUUGCCUGCGGCCGGACAGGAAGUACUGUGAAGUUGGCCGUGUUGCCCAUGAAGUUGGCUGGAAGUACCGUGACGUUGUCAACAACCUGGAAGCCAAAAGGAAGAUCAAGUCCCGUAUGUCAUACUUGCAUAAGAAGAAGUUGAAGAAACUGACAUGGAAGGCACGCACCACCGUUGCCGACAAGGUCAAGGAUCAGGAUGCCGUUCUCAAGAAAUACGGAUACCUCACCUCCGAGUUCGAGAAGAAAUGUAGUCGGCCUGUUCUCAACGCUCAGCCAGCUAAGCUAGGAAAGAAGAAGCGUCAGGCCGCUGCUGGUGCAGAUAAAUAAUGUCUUGCUCUGCGAUGUUGAAGACAAACAACUAAUAAAUUUGAAACAAGUUUAUCCGCUA